AUGACGAUCAUGAAGCCCUUCCAACUGAAAUCGACACUUACGACACCCAAGAGCAAGGUCCAGAAUUGGAUGAGUCUGCUGCAGCAGUUUAAUGGCGUAUAUUACUCGCUCUGGACUGACAAUAUAGUGCGGAUGUAUCAAGAGAAUGGUGGACGAUUGCAACAAAGUGGAAUGGUGGAGGCUCUUCACGAAGCUUCCGAUCUAUAUGUAGGCUCUAACUCUAUAUGGACGUGUGGGACAGCUCCCUUUCUCAGUCUAAGUGUAAACAGCGACCAGAAAAUCGUCGCUGGUGGCACUGAAUUCGCCAAAACUGAAGAAGAAGACGAAUCACACAUCCUGUUUUACGAUGUCAGGAAUGCAUCGCAGACACUCAAAGUGUUUACAGAUGUACAUUCCGAUGAUAUAACGCAGGUCAAGUUCCACCCCACACAAAGCAAUAUCAUGCUGAGUGGCAGUACGGAUGGACUCCUCUGCCUGUAUCAGUUGGAUGAAGCUCUUGAUGAGGACGAGAGUCUGUACCAGGUUAUCAAAGAGGAUUCUGUGCAUAAGGCGGGCUUCUUUGGGCCGAGUGCUGAGUACAUAUACCUGACUACACAUAUGGAGACUUUCUCGAUCUGGAAUGAUGAGGCUGAUGUGAUUGUAAACUAUGGACAAGUCAAGAAAAUAUCCUCGCCGCAUCUUACGGUCGAUUAUCUGAUUGAUGUCAGCUAUUCGCCGGAAGAUCAAAGACUGUAUCUGUUUACUGGCUCGCAAACUGGAAACGUCGGAAUCUUCAACUCGAGCUUGGAAGGUCUGGAGCUCAUGUAUACGCUAAAUGGAGGUCACAACGAUAUUGUUAGAGGAGUUGCUUGGGAUUCGAAGAACACCAUAGUGUCGGGUGGUGAAGAUGGGAAUAUUUGCAGUUGGACGAAUACAUAG